CGACCGCGCUAGCAGCGACUUAUCGCAUUCCUGUUAGCAUUUAAACACUCCUCAAUCAAUUAGCCGCGUAGCUAACGACGCUAGUUAGCGUGCUAGCUUGACGGUGCUAACGCCAAGCUAACUAGCGCACGUUUAGUCGUGUCGUUGGGGGAAGUUAAAAAAACUGAAAUGGUAUCUGUGAGGAGCGUGGGUCUUUAAAAACAGCCUUAGCUAACCUACCUCAGUUGAAUGAACCGCUUUGGCUUCAUUUGACUUGACAACAUUGGACAGACCGAAAACGGCCAUAGCAUUUUGUCUUCAAAUCGCACCAGCGGUGUCAUUUUUUAAACUUUUGAGCCAUGCUGAAUAAAAUCUACGGAUGGAUAGAAACGAGCUUUGCCAAUCUCCGCAACGAGGAACCAGCUGCGGAGGACUCCGAUGGAUACCCUGCACCCAGAGAAGCUUUAGUGAGAAGGAAAAGACCCAUUGAAUGUUUGGAGGAUGGGCAUAACAUCCAUCAAGAUGAUUUAGCCAUCAAGAAAUCACGAAUGGGGGAUCUUAUUGAUAGCGUCAAAACUGCGGCUGAAGGGGUUAAAAAUCACAGUACCAGUGUAGCUACAUGGAUGAAGAAAAAUGUAAGUCCAACGUUGAGAAAUAUCUUGCCUACCUCCUCAGAUUCCCCUGCUGGAGAGCCACAUCCGUCAACAUCAGCAGCAGUCUGGACCGGGAGACCGAUUGUUGACAGAAAUUCAUUGGAUGAAACGUUUGCUGCUCCCGCAACAACUUUGGAGUGGAAAACAUCCAAAUCAGAGUCGUUACGCAAUGAGAAGUCCAAUAUGGGAUCAAAAGUUUGUAGGCGACAAGUUUGUAUGAGCACUACACAUCGUGAGGUGCCGAAAACAAAUGGACACUCGUCCAACAUACCCCCUUUCAACCCCAAAGUCCAACCCUCCCCACGUUUAGGCAGGCCCUUUAACCUUCGACCGCAUGGAACUUCAAGUUUGUUUGGUGGAGUCGGAGCAACAAACAGCUUCUGCACCAACAUGUAUGAGAGAACCUUUCCCAUCAAAGUAAUGCAGAGUCCGACACACGGUGCCAUGUCCAGCCGCUUACACAAUAACAGGCCCCACUGCACAGCACAAGAGUCUGUUCGUGAAGAGGAAAAGGAAAUCUACAGGCAACUUCUAACUAUGGUUUCUGGGGGUCAGUCAUCUUUCCAUCACAAUGGAGGCUCGCACACCAUUGUGAGGUCACACAGAGAUUUCACCAGCUUCCUCACCAGCCACAGACGAUUACAGGUCUCCUCCCCAGCUGGGUCAGCUGCAGGAGGAACUUCAGAGGGACCCAGUAGCCCCCUGAGUCCCAGAUGUGUAUCUAGUCAGUCCUCCAGUAACCUUCCCAGCCCAGUGGGAACCUCCAGCAAACCAGAAACCCAAAUGUGGUCUCAAGAUGCAGACUUUGGCUCCAGUAGAGCAGCUCCUUCCCCAUCAGUUCUGCAAGAUAGCACUUCUCAGGACACACAGUCAUCAGCUCAUGAUGGUGACUCUGUAAUUAUUGUAAAUGAUCAAAAAGGCAACCAGCAAGACGGCUCAAAUGUGUCAUGUUUCCAAGCAGAAUUAUGGAUCAAAGAAUUGACUAGCAUGUAUGAUUCUCGGGCAAGAGAAAGACGGAGACAAAUAGAUGAACAGGAAGCACUAGCUGCCCUGCUGCUUAAACAGCGCUUGUCUGAUGAGGGACAUCGAAGCCCAGAUGUGGUGGUCCAUGUCCGAGUUCCGUUGGAGAAAGAGGUUCCUUUGACUCCUCUUGUGAUAGAGAAACAAAAGUCUUUAGAGGAAAAACCAGAGUUUCCUGAACUCACAGAGGAAAUGGACGCUGAGGUGAACAUGGCACUGAUGAAAGGGGGAAGUCCUCAUGAAGUAUUAAGUGAAGGUUUUGGUCUCAGCCUUACAAGAAAAGAUCUGCAAACGCUCAGCAGCCUCAACUGGCUCAAUGAUGAGGUGAUCAACUUCUACAUGAACCUUUUGGUUGAACGCAGCAAGGAUCCCAGCCGGCCUUCGGUCAAUACAUUCAACACUUUUUUCUACCCGAAGCUGCGCAGCAGCGGCUACUCUGCUGUUCGCCGCUGGACCAAAAAGAUGGACAUCUUUGCUAAAGACCUGUUGUUAGUUCCUGUUCACUUAGGCAUGCACUGGUGCCUCUCUGUGGUAGAUUUCCGCAAAAAGUCCGUCAUGUACUUUGAUUCUAUGGGAGGAAGAAAUGAUGAAGCAUGCCAAGUGUUGUUUGACUACCUGCAACAGGAAAGUAAGGACAAAAAAGGCAAAGAACUGGAUACCUCAGGCUGGACUCUGCACAGCAAAAAGCCAAGUGAAAUCCCACAACAGAUGAAUGGCAGUGACUGUGGAAUGUUCACAUGCAAAUAUGCAGAUUACAUUACCAAAGACAAACAAAUCACCUUCACACAGAAGCACAUGCCCUACUUCAGGAGGAGGAUGGUUUGGGAGAUUGUGAACCACAAAUUGUUGUGAUGUCCUGUCUGUGGCCAAGACUUUUUAUAGUCAGUCACCCUGCAGCUCCUAACAAAGACUGAGCUCCCAUCCUCAGGAGGAUCCACUGACAGCAGUCCUUUUUCUGGGACAGACUCGCACACCAGCUCCCCAGACCAGUUGUUUCUGUUCUCAAGGGUCACUAAAGUGCUCUACGGGAUGGUGCUGGAGCACAAAUCACUGCCUCAGUCCCCUGUUUCAGAUUUUUUUGUUUUGUUUUGUUUGAUGCACCAGUAGGAGCAUCAAUAUAGCAGCUAAAACGCAGCAUUUUGUUUUUGCCAGAACAGGUUUUGGAUCACAGUUGCACCAAAAUCAUACUCUGAUGUGUUACAUUUGCUUUUUUUUUUUUCUCAGUUUUCAC